ACGAGCCAGCGCUAUCAACAGUACUGCCCCGAGGGCUCUUCCUACUACACUCCUGAGAGACAGAGCAGAGAGGAAUUUGGGAAUAGCGCGGAAAAAUGAGGAACACUGUUGAUUCGAAAAUAUCUGCGAGGUUUUCUUUUUUAUCGUGAAUGUGUCGCUAAACUGGUUGACGGGUACUACGGAGGUCGUCGUUUCACUACGAGACGAAAAUAACAUUAGACACCGCAAGUAGAUUAACAGUCAUUAGAUAAAUACCUAUCUCGACAUCAAAAUUAUCUGAUAUUGCAUGUACGGAAUAGGGGACACCAUGCAGGGACAACAUCAGCGUUUUACCUCAAGUUUAACAUCGAUGUAUAGAAUUUCGGAUUACUAAUACAAAACACGCUCGCACACGCUGUAAACCGGAUUCGACCCACGAGCUUCAUCCCGGUUCCGCAAAGAAAUUCAACCCGAAAGAGUUGAAGAGCUCCAUGCAUUCGAAAAGGGAGAGGAGAGAAGUGCUGUCCCGUGCUGGAUGGAUGGUUAUGGGGAAAGGAGCAGGACCAUCCGCGCUAGAAGUCUGCAAGUUCCUUGUGGUGUUUCUCUGUCUGUUUCCAGCAGCAACUCUGCAGUGUAAGAUCCUCAAGUGUAACUCAGAGUUCUGGGCCUCCACCUCCAGCUCUGGCCCAGAAGAAGAGUUCUGCACAGCUCUGCGAGCAUACAACAACUGUGUCCGACGCACUGCCCGUACAUGCCGGGGAGACCUGGCCUACCAUUCAGCCCAACAUGGUAUAGAGGAUCUAAUGAGCCAACACAACUGCUCCAAAGAAGGGCCCACUACCCAACCUCGUGCACGGACGCCCCCUCCCCCAGCCCAGCCACCACCCCAACCAGACAUCCACGUACCGUCGGAUGGUCCAGAGGUGUGCCACUACGAGCGGAGUCUACCACGUGACACUGCACCCCCAAAUUACACUCAUUGUGGCUUUUUUGGAGACCCACACCUUCGCACAUUCAACGAUGACUUUCAGACUUGUAAAGUUGAGGGAGCCUGGCCACUGAUUCACAAUAAGUACCUGUCUGUGCAGGUUACGAACACUCCUGUUGUGCCUGGGUCUUCUGCUACAGCUACUAGCAAGCUAACAAUCAUCUUCAAGAACUUUCAGGAGUGUGUAGACCAGAAGAUGUACCAUGCAGAGACCGAUGAGCUUCCAGCUGCUUUUGCUGAUGGUUCAAAGAAUGGAGGUGACCGCCAUGGGGCCAACACCCUACGUGUGGUAGAAAAGGUGCCUGGACAACAUGUGGAGAUCCAGGCACGAUACAUUGGCACCACUAUUGUAGUUCGGCAGGUUGGCCGCUACCUCACCUUUGCAGUGCGGAUGCCAGAGGAGGUGGUGAAUUCGGUGGAAGACCAAGACAACCAGGAUCUUUACCUGUGUCUGCAUGGUUGCCCUGCCAACCAGCAAAUUGACUUCAGGACUUUUAGAAUGCGGGCUGCAGAGAGCCAUGGCUUAGGUAGGGGCCGGCCAGGCAGCCCUGCCCAUGGCUUCACCUACCUGUCAGCCAUGGCCAAGUGCAAAGAACGUCUUCCAGUCGAGGAUUUGUAUUUCCAAUCUUGUGUUUUUGACCUGAUAUCUUCUGGGGACAUCAACUUUACCCUGGCUGCCUACUAUGCCUUUGAGGAUGUUAAAAUUCUACAUUCAAACAAGGACAAGUACCAUCUCUUUGAAAGAGAUACAAUAUUCAAUUCUGCCUCCAAAAACAUUGGUAUUAGCUUCUUUGUCCUUUUCAGCCUUGUUACCGCAAAGUUGUGGACGGACUUGUGUUCCAUUUAUCUGUAGUUCCCAUUG